AUGGAGCAGGGGCCGGCGGGGGGCUCCGGCCCCGCUGCCGCCGCCGCCGCUGCCUUUGCCGCCGGCACCGGGGGUCUGCUGCUGCCCCUGAGCGAGACCGAGCAGCAGCGCUACUCCGAGCUCUUCUCGCGGUGCUGCCCGCCCCCAGAGGCGGCCGCCGGGGGGAGCAGCGUGGGCGAGCUGUUCCGGGCCUCGCAGCUGCCCCCGGACACGCUGCACCAGAUUACAGAAGUUUGUGGAGCCAAGCGUGUGGGUUAUUUUGGUCCUGCCCAAUUUUAUAUUGCUUUGAAGUUAAUUGCAGCAGCACAGUCAGGGUUCCCAGUACGGAUUGAGAGCAUUAAGAAUGAAUUGCCUCUACCACGAUUUAUGGCGCUGAAAAAUGACACUGAAGUACGUUAUGGGACUCCAGCAGAAUUCCAUGGAGUUAAGUUUCAGGUUCCACAUGCAACUUUGGAAAAAAAUUCCUACAAAAGAGCAGAUGAAGGGGAAAAACAGGAACCCAAGUCUCCUCCAAUGUCUCCAAUUUGCUCCCCUCCUGCUUCUCCAUCUACCUACCAGAGAAUAGCCCAAAGUUAUGGAUAUGGUAAAGCAAGGAGUGCGUUGGAACAGCAGCAUGGAGCUCCUUAUGAAGUCAGACACUCUACUCACCAGCAAGAUGGACCAUCUUCAGGGAAUUAUGGAGCCAAAUCUGCACUCACCUGUUCAACUCCUAACCGGUCUCUUUCAGUGGAGCGGGAGCAGCAGGACAGCAGCACUCAGUACUCAGAUGACCCUUGGAGGAUAACGGAGGAGCAGCGAGAUUACUACAUCAACCAGUUCAGGUCCCUGCAGCCCGACCUCAACGCCUUCAUUUCAGGUUCUGUAGCAAAGAAUUUCUUCACAAAAUCAAAGCUGCCCAUCCCGGAACUUUCUCACAUCUGGGAGCUGAGUGAUGUGGAUUGCGAUGGGGCGCUGACACUCCCGGAGUUCUGUGCGGCUUUCCACCUUGUGGUUGCGAGGAAGAAUGGCUACCAGCUGCCUGAGACACUGCCAGAGACACUGCUGCCCGAGUACCUUCAAGCAGCUUGUUUGAAGCCUGUGCGUGACUGUGCACUGUUUGACUCUUACUCUGAGCCCCUGCCAAGCAGUCAGCAGACUCGGGACUUCAGUCGGACAGAGAAGUCAUCAGCUGAAGAGGUACCUGAUAACUCUGCCCUAUUACAGGAUGGAAAGAAAGAUGACAAACAAGCUGUUAAAGUAAGCACUACUCUCAAAACUAUACCAAAGGAAUUUCAGCACUUGACUGUGAAAGCAGCUGCUCAAGAACCUAAUGCACACAGAGCCAGACCACGAUCCAGGUCUUAUUCUAGCACGUCAAUAGAAGAUGCCGUGAAAAAGGGAGAAGAGCCCCCUACUCCACCUCCAAGGCCACAAAAAUCACAUUCCAGAGCUUCCUCUUUGGAUCUGAACAAAAUAUUUCAGCAAAACACACAAGCUGUGAGGUCUGGCUGGCUGCCCCCACCACCACCUGCACUACCCCCUCGACCUUCUGUAUCUCAGACAGAGCAACCAUCUGAGGUUGAAUUACAUCCUCAGAUGAACAGACCCCCAUCACAGGCAGAAGAAAACAGUUCAGCAAAAAAGGAGGUUGUUCUUGCUCAGCCACCCUCCAAACCCGCGCGCAGGAAGCUCCGGACGGAGGCACAAGGGCUGGAGACCCCUGAGCUUUCUCCCACUAUAAAUGUGACUUCUUCCCUGCCAGCAGUCAAGCCUCACCUCCCAGUCCAAAAACAGUCUUCCAAGCAGAAAAGGGCUAUUCAGACCGCUAUACGGAAAAACAAAGAAGCCAAUGCUGUGCUCGCCAGGUUGAACAGUGAGCUCCAGCAGCAGCUGAAGGAGGUUCACAAGGAGCGCAUUGCCUUGGAAACGCAGCUGGAGCAGCUUCGUCCUGUCACUGUCCUGUGACUGCCUGCAUGGCCGUGCACGAGCAGGAGCAGAGCAGUGUCCAGCAGCCCUGCAAGGAGAGGAGUUCUGUGCAGCUGAGCAGGGUCUCUGCCGAGGCAGGGGGGAGCACUGGCCUUGCUGGCUCUCUCUUUGCCCCAUGACUCACUUUUUGCCUUUGCAGGUGAGGAAGGUACAGAAAACAAAUACCUGACUAUGGGAUAUUUCUGAGUGGGGGAUGCUUUGCCUUCUUUCCUCCCCCCUCCCAGCCUAAUGUGUAAAUGCAGUUUAUCACUGAAAUGAAUAACCUGAGAGUAUUUUAUUUAUGUAAAGAAUUCCUGAUUUAUAUGCGUUUGGCAGCACCUCCUGCCCCGAUUGUUAAGAGGUACAGCAUUCCUGAGUUCUUGCUUAAAUUGAAAACUCAUCCUCUGAGAUGGGCUUCUGGAUGUUACUGAUUCCUGUAGGAUUGUAUCAUUGUAGAGUACCUGAGGAUUUAACAUACCACAGGAAUAGAACUUGCAAGAUGUACAGAAUCUUUAUCCUCAAUCACAUGUCAAAUAAUUAUUUUCUUAGUACUGUUUAUUAUGCAAUCACGGAUGUAUUUUAAUGUUAGAGAACUUGUAUUUUAUUAGUUCAAGUCAUAUAAGAGAACAGGAAAAAAUAGUAAAAUAUAAUUAUUUUGGAAAUUAGGAAAAAAUCUUUUUGAGCUACAGCUGUUUCUAAUCACCAGUAUUUGAGCACUUGCUUGCAACUACCAGUGUCUCUGCAUUCUUUUAGCAUGUUUGAGAUGGCUGGUGUAUAGCUUUUUUCUUUUCUUUUUUUCCUUUAACCAACAGUGUAUUUCUAACAAGAGGUUAAAAAUGCAUUCAGGGCAUUUUUAUAAAAGCCAUUCU